AUGUGUAUGUCACAUAAAGAACCUGAUACAAUGUAUUAUACAGAUAUUAAAGGUAAAAAACAUCCAGAUCCAUAUGUUAGUGUAACAACAAUUUAUUAUUUAAAUGAAGAUACCACACGAAUAUUUUUUGCUGAUCCAUGGUUACAAAAUGAAUUAACAACACCUGAAGGUGGACAAUUUAUAGCUGAAUCGAUGGCAACUAGUGGAUCAACUUUAUUUCUUAUUCAACGAAGAAGAAAUGAAUUUGGUAAAGAAAUUAAUAAAAUGUAUACAAGAUUUGCUGAUUUUGAUUCAAUUGGAUCAAAUCCUGCACUUGCAUCAACAUACAAUCCAAAUAAUAAUGUUCCUCUUGUUCGUUAUCUUCCAAGUGAAGAUUGA